AUGGCUGAACAACUCAUUCAACGUGGUACCCUUGAAGGCCACAGCGGCUGGGUCACCAGUCUCGCAACCAGCUUGGAGAACCCUAACAUGCUCCUGUCUGCCUCGAGAGACAAGACCCUCAUCAUCUGGAACCUGACCCGCGAUGAGUCUGCCUACGGAUAUCCCAAGCGAUCCCUCCACGGUCACUCUCACAUUGUCUCGGACUGUGUCAUCUCCUCCGACGGCGCCUACGCACUUUCCUCCUCCUGGGACAAGACUCUGCGGUUGUGGGAGCUGUCCACCGGUAACACUACGCGAACAUUUGUCGGCCACACCAACGACGUCCUCUCUGUUUCCUUCUCCGCCGAUAACCGACAGAUCGUGUCCGGUUCGCGAGACCGAACGAUCAAGCUGUGGAACACUCUGGGAGACUGCAAGUUCACCAUUACCGACAAGGGCCACACCGACUGGGUGUCUUGCGUUCGUUUUUCGCCGAACCCUCAAAACCCCGUCAUCGUGAGCGCUGGUUGGGACAAACUGGUCAAGGUCUGGGAAUUGGCUUCCUGCCGCCUUCAAACUGACCACAUCGGUCACACCGGUUACAUCAACACUGUUACCAUCUCUCCCGAUGGCUCGCUGUGCGCAUCUGGCGGCAAGGAUGGUACCACCAUGCUUUGGGAUCUCAACGAGUCCAAGCACCUCUACUCCCUCCAGGCCGGCGAUGAGAUCCAUGCUCUUGUUUUCUCGCCCAACCGAUAUUGGCUCUGCGCGGCUACCACCUCGUCUAUCACCAUCUUCGACCUCGAGAAGAAGAGCAAGGUUGACGAGCUCAAGCCCGAGUACGUUGAGAAAGGCAAGAAGUCGCAAGAGCCAUACUGUGUGAGCUUGGCUUGGAGUGCUGAUGGCCAGACCUUGUUCUCUGGUUACACCGACAACAAGAUCCGUGCCUGGGGAGUCAUGUCGCGAGCAUAG